AUGACGGGGAACUAUGUGAUAAUUCGCCUCCCCAGAGGCGGCGCUGCUUUCUUGGAACACUUCGGAGGCACUCUCGCGGACAACUUGGAAGCGGGACACAAACUCUGCUGCGAGCUUUUUCCCGAUCCCGAACAAUACGAUCCCAAGUUCCUCGCCGCCACCAGAAAAAAGGCAGAAGAGUAUUUUGAGCGUUUAAAACAAGAAGCGGAGAGCGUGCAUGCGCCUGGGGGCCUCGGGGGCCGCGUGGUGACGCAGCCGGGGCAGCUGGUUCGGUACACUCUUUCGAAAGAUGACACAAACAUGUUUGGCUUAGUGCAGGCAGUGUCAGCAGCUGUCGAUACACCCGACAGCAGCAGCCGCAAAGUCGAAGACAACUCCGACAGCAAAACCCCCAGCAGAGACGCCCUCGUCACCUUCUACUUCCGCAGCCCCCAGGCCCUCGCGGAACAGACUCAGUCUAAGAGCGUCGACAGGCAGCGACUAACUGUUAUUUUGUCUUUACAAACGCUGGUGCACCCGAAGAACAUCCCCCCCUCGGGCUACCGCUGCUGGCAGCGAGUCUUCAGGCCCGACGGCUGGAUUGGUUUGCAGCCAGUUGAGAUAUCUUCAGUUUCUGUGGAGGCAGCAAAUGCAGACCAAGGCGAUGGGGCUGGGGCUUUGUACAAGGGGCAUGCAGUGAUUCACCCGCUGCUGGGCCCCGACCUGGACAGCCCCCCUAACGAAGGGGCCCCUGAGGAGUCUGUGGGCCUCGACGAGCUCUUCAUGGACGCCGUGGGCGAUAGUGACAAGCAGCCUGCGCGGGACGCGGAGUUUUCUCUGAGUCAGAAGGUGGCGGGGGAGUUUGCAGAUGUGCGGCUUCUCAAUCAACUUUCAGUGACGCAUUUAUGUCGGUGGCUGAAGUUCCACAUUUCCAUUUUGGAACCCGACAGAAGAUUCACCAAAAACGUCCUUCUCCAGAUGAUGCGGGCGGUGCGGCACGUGGUGGACAAGGCGGACUGGGAGCCGCUGGUGGCCGACCUGCUGCAGUCCAACGUGCGGGGCUGCAUGCUGCACUUAGUGCGGCUAGCUGCAUGCGCUGCUGCAUGCGCUUUGCGGCGGAUUCUGGUGGCAGCAGCAGCAGAAAUCAAAAGACAAGUUGCUGCGGGAGACCUGACCACUGGUCUCAAGUUCCUCGCCCAAAACCCCAGGUUCCUCGACGAGCUCGACCAGGCCCUCGACGACUACUGCAGGACGAAGGCGAAGUUGUGCGCUGCGACAAUGCGGGACUUGAUUUUCGAGCAAACGCAUGCACUUCAUUUCGAAACCAUCGAAGACCUCUUUGACGGCUGCAGGCAAUUCGAAAAGGACUUCUUGGGCAGCGGCGCCAUGGAGGAAAUAUCGAAGACAGUGAGGUCCACAAUGCUGCGGCGGAAGCAGCGGCUGGGCAUUGCUGAUGUUUAUUCCAGGGGCGGAGGCCCGGGAGACCCCCACGACCUUAUCUAUGAGGAGGUGCGGGUGCAGUUUUGGGCUGUCAAGAUUCUGCUGGCGACGCCGCUGACAACAAAGUUAUAUAUGCAUUUCAUUAAAGACAUUAAAGACAAAAGCAUGCACCUGGCCUCUGAGGGUAAGUUUUCCAUAAUGUGCGAAAGCGAAUUGGAGAAGACGCUGCAGCAGCACAUCCUCUCGGAGCGUUCCUCAGCAGCUCGGCUAAUUCCCCGCAGCGACGGGGACUUGAUGGAGCACUUCAACUUGAAGCUGAACACGGAGCAGCUGCUUAGCUCGGUCAUGGCUGCCCGGCGAACUGAAGAAUAUGUGAAGCUGGCGCUGGAGGGCGUGGCCAAAUUGAGGGCCCAAAUUCAGCAGCAAGGAGGAGUGGACUUUUUGACCCGUUUGGAGUUGGACUCGAGGGGCCCCCCGCAGCAGCAGGGGGGCCCCCCGCAGCAGCAGGGGACCCAGGGGGGCCCCCCGCAGCAGCAGGGGGUCCCCCCCGAGACCCCCUACCGCGACGCCCUCCCAGGGGGCCCCUACCCCGACAAAAGACUUAACAACAUCCACCAGGGGGCCCCCCAUUUGCCAGCGAGCCACCAAGGCACAGCAGACGGCCUCUGA